UAACCGUGUCUGAUACUUCUCUUCCGUCAGUCGAAGAAGUUAAUCAAUGGAGCCCGCGUCAAGUUAUUGAUUUUCUGGAGUCUUAUAAUAAAGAAAAAAAAUUAUUUCUUGAAGAUGGAGACAUUAAAGCAAUUAAAGAUAACCGUGUCCGCGGUUUUUCUUUCCUUGAAUUGUCUAAAGAAGACCUUCUAGCUCCUCCAUACAAUCUUCCUGACGGACUAGCUAGAACUAUCGCUGGAUUAAUUAGAAACAUUAAGGGUGAAGAGCAAGGCGUAUUGAGUCCUCGGGAGCAGACAUUGUUGAAUGAGUUGCUAGACCUGCGAGCGAAGCUUGCAAUCUCAUCUUCAUCAGCUACUAAGCGACAUUUUUCAAACCUGGAUGACUAUGAAGAAGAACAACAAAAAAACGUAAAGAAAAUUCGGAGCUAUCCUCCUCCGUCAUCUUUCGCACUCCUUAAUAAUCUUAUUAAUCAUCAUGUUAAGGAUAAGCAGUUACUUAUUCACCGUCCUCCAGAAUGCGUUGGCCCGCCAGUACAAAUUUAUCACAAUGUUUUCAGUCAGUUCCUGCGUGAUUACCGUAAUGAAGAUCUAGAAAUGGGGAGAGAGCAUUAUGAAUGGACUCUUGAGUUCAUUCAUGAAAUGGGAGAAAUAUACCGCAGUGAACGUGAGCGUUCUAUAGUGUUUAAAGAAACAAUUCGUAAAUUAUUUGGUGAGGAAUUAAGAGUAAUUAGCCUGGAAGAUGAUUCCUCAAAUGAUGAUGUGUUGGAAUCUAACGUCUUUUCAAAAAAUGUUUUACGUUUUCUUGUUGAGAUGAAAAAUGAAAUUGGCACUGGUAGCUGUGAUCCAACUGUCCAGGCUGGAGCUUCUUUUGCAAAAUAUUAUACCCAAGAGACAUAUGGGGAAGUACUCAAAUGGUGCAACUGGCCAUCUUUUAUCUUAUGCUUAGCUGGACCGUGGGUGUGUAUUUUAGGGUCAGUAUAUGUUGAGAAACCCAUUGUAGAUCCCUUGACGGACUUCAUACCUCUUAUUCCUACAAACAAUCGAGCCCACGCAGAGCGAGUGGCACGACUUUUCAAAGCUUUGUGCUUGGGAGUCAACAGGCUAAAAGAGUAUUAUGUAUCGCUAGAUAUACCUACAAAUCGACAAAAUUCACAACGAUUUUUUCCCUAUCCGAAUCAAUACAAACAACAGGAUACAAUCGUGGAAUUUACAUAUGAGAGAAAACUUGUGGAUCAGCCCAACAAGCUUCUUUGGAAAGCUAUAACAAAAGACGGCCGGAAAAUCAUUGUUAAAUUCACAUGUCAUUAUAAUCAAAGAGCACACGAACUGUGUAGCGAAAUUGGAAAGGCGCCAAAAUUACUUUACAUUAACAAAGAGGUGGUGGAUGGAUUUUACAUGGUAGUGAUGGAUUAUGUUGAGGCCGAGCAACUUUACGACUGCGACUCACUUAGUCAUGAUGAAUAUAAAGCGGUUUUCAAGGACAUCGAAGAAGCUAUCGACAAACUGCAUAAGGAAAAUAUUGUCUUUGCUGACCUCCGUGAUUCCAACAUUUUGGUUAACAAAUCUCAAGGCCAGUAUCAAGGAAUGUUAAUAGAUUUCGAUUGGGCCGGUAGAGAAGAAAUUGAGUGUUAUCCUUCUUUCAUGAACCAUAAACAUAUUAAUUGGCCACCAGGGGCUGAGGAUAGGAAAAGGCUGAGUCAGAAACACGAUAUUUAUUGGUUAGAGUUAUUGAAAUCUAAAUAUUUGGGUAUGGAGUUCGAUUGA